UCCACGUCGACCACCUCCAUCCUUCAUCAUGGCUGACAUCAUCAACUACUGGACCAUUGCUAGCAUUAUCGUCGGCCUCGCGGUCCUCCUUCCAUUCAUCAUGGGAUUCUUCAGCGGGAACAAGUUCGAUGUCAAGGGCAAGACAGUCCUCAUCACAGGCGCCUCCGAGGGAAUGGGCAAGAGUGUCGCGAAGCAGCUCGCGCAGAAAGGAGCGAACAUCAUAAUCGUGUCUCGAAAUGUCGGGAGACUGGAAGAAGCAUUGGCAGAAGUCAAGGCCUCAGCAGCCGACCCCUCGACCCAACGGUUUCAAUACAUCUCUGCCGACCUCUCCGAACCUGGUGGAAACGCUCGAGUCAUCGCCGAAGCAAUUGCGUGGAACAAGGGGCAGGCACCAGAUGUCGUGUGGUGCAUCGCCGGCGCUUCCAUUCCCGGCCUUUUCAUCGAGACAUCCCCAGAAAUAAUGCGGCAGCAAAUGGAUGUCAACUUUUUCUCCUGCAACGAUAUGGCACACGCAAUAUUGAAUGAGUGGCUACAACCUGCUUCCAUUGGCAAAGGCAGCACGCGGCACCUGAUCUUCACAAGCUCAGUUGCAGGUGUAUAUACUGUUGCGGGAUACGCUCCAUACUCGCCUUCUAAAGCUGCGAUCAAGAGCUUGAGCGACACGUUGGUGCAGGAGAUGCUGCUCUACGGAGAUGAUGUGAAGAUUCAUACUGUGUUCCCUGGUUCGAUUUCCAGUCCUGGGUUGGAGAGAGAGAACAAGACGAAACCUGAGAUCACGCUUAUCUUGGAGGAGGCAGACAAGAACUACACGCCAGAUGAAACGGCUGCGAGUGCAAUUGCUGGACUCGAGAGGGGCGAUUACUUGGUUGCAGUGUCGUUCCUGGGUUCCUUAAUGAGAGCGACUGCCUGGGGCUCAUCGCAGAAGAAUAACUAUCUUGUGGACACGGCUAUGACUUGGCUCGCGAGUAUUGUCAACAUUUUUGUUGGCAUGGAUCUUGAUUCGAAGGUUAAGGCGUAUGGGAAGAAGCAUGGUCAUCCAAGCACAUAUCCAAAGAAGGCUUAAGCAUGAAGCAGGUGCAAGGUGAAAAUUAAUCCUAGAAGUUCGAUACCCAGUAUGCUAGCCUCCAGUUCAGUCCUAUGAAACUCCCCUGCAGCCUUUAAUAAUAUUCUAACUCUUCCCUAUGUUGUGUUUCCGCGCCGUUCGUAAUGUAGCCUGCAUUCUGGGACAAGAUUAUUAGCCCUCGAUGCUUGUUUCUGG